GACAAGCGUUUAGUGACGAUUUUAUCGACCAAUGUCGAUCCACAGCCUGAACUUUUCGGCCCUUUGGAUGAGCGCACAGCUAAAAGAAAUGCUGUUCCAGAAAAUUUGUGCAUAAAACCUGCCGUCAUUUCUUUUUACAAUAAAUUUAUGAACGGUGUCGAUGUAAACGACCAAUAUAGGAGCUACUACCCUGUAGGAGCUCAAUCUAAAAAGUGGUGGAAAUAUUUGGCUUGGUCUUUCGUGAAUACUUUGAUUGUAAACAGUUUUAUUUUGCAAAAUUUGCAGACCGAUCGACACCGUCGCCUAAAACAUUUAGAUUUCCGUCUUGCUUUGGCAAGGCAACUUAUUUCGACCUAUAACGGCUACAAGAGAAUUUCUAGUGAUCCAACUAGCCGUAAAAAAGAUGUUCCAGUGGGUAGAAAUGUCAAGGGCCAUAGCUUAGUGAAGUCUUCAGAGCGAAAAUGA